GAAGUAUUAUAAAUAAAGCUUUUUGUAUUCGGAUGUAUUGACAAUUUCUGUUAUAAACCUGAAAUGUUCUGUUGCAAAUCGCUUUGAGUAUUAUGUAUUUGUCUGCAUAGUGGUCAGCACAUGCUGACCUGAAGACAUUUUGAUCAUUUUACCAAAGAAAUGGACUUCCUUCAAGCCGAAAUAGACAGAAAAGCAAAACAGCUCAAGCAAAAUAAAGUCACUUCGGAAAAGAAGUAUUUUCGUCGGGGUGACCUGGAAAAGCAGAAAGCAGAGGAAUAUCAUAAGAAACAAGAGGAAAGACGUUUAGCAAAGCUUGGAAAGCAUGGUAUAAAAGAUGACCAAGGAAAUUCCUCUGACAUUUUUGCGAAGAAAAGAAAGAAGAGCGAAGAUGAAGCUGCAGCUUUGAACCUUCUUCCAAAAGAUGAGGUUAUUCGGCGUCUUAGAGAAAGGGGAGAACCAAUCAGAUUGUUUGGUGAAUCAGACCAAGAAACAGCAAAGAGAUUGAAGUUGCUGGAGAUGCUGGCUCCAGACAUUAAUAAAGGUCUGAGAAAUGACUUUCGUGAAGCAAUGGAGCAGGUUGACCAAGAUUAUCUCGAUGACAUACUAAAACAACAACAGGGUGCUAACAGUGAAGAUGUGGAACAAGAGAACAACAUCAAGGUUAAAAAUGAUGGCACAACCUUUGAAAGCAUCCAGGAGAUGGCAGCAAAAUUUGCCAAAGGCGACAAAGGUUUCGACCAAGAGGUCAUCUACAAGUUUUUAAAAUUCCUCAUGGAUCUGUGGGCUACAGAUUUAAAUGAUCGACCAUUGGAAGUGAAGAGAAGCAUUGAGGGGAAAAUGGCAAUGGCCACUCAUCGACAGACCGAACGAUAUCUGAAACCUCUUCUUCGUAAACUUAAAGCAAAGGCAACACCGUCUGAUAUUUUAGAUUUCCUCAUCGAGAUCAUCGGUGCUUUACUGGAACGCGAAUAUGUUAAGGCAAACGAUUCCUAUCUCCAAAUGGCCAUAGGCAACGCCCCUUGGCCCAUUGGAGUCACCAUGGUUGGAAUUCACGCCCGAACAGGGAGAGAGAAAAUCUUCGCUCAACACGUUGCCCAUGUGCUUAACGACGAAACGCAACGAAAGUAUAUCCAAGCCUUGAAAAGAUUGAUGACUUUCUGCCAGAAGAAAUUCGAAGCAGAUCCUUCAAAAAGCGUCGAAUAUCACGCCGUGUAGGAUACAACAGCCGAAAACUCAAGCGCUUUCUGGUGCAUGGGUAGUAUGUUUUCGAUAGUUUACUAUGUUGGGCAAUUAAUGAAGACGUUACUUUGUGUUUUGCAAGGUUUAAUUUUGCAAAGAAACUAUAACAACCUCUUUACAGACUUUGAAAUAUCACCAUCCAGUGGACAAGCAGUGUUAUCCUUGAGUAUAACUUUCUUGUUGGCCAUUUCAAGCGUGUUUCUUGUGCGGAUACGGAUUUACACGUAAAAGAAACUGAUAAGUGCAUGUGUUUAUUUGAAAAUAUAUAACUUCGAUGAAAGGUUACACGGUAGCUAAAUAAUUUUAAGACUGGUAUUCCUUUUAAAAAAAAAUUACAGCGAAUAAAUAAAUUUCAUACAACUGUUAGGUCAAACCUA